GUGUCUCUCUCUGUCUCUGUGUCUCUCUGUCUCUGUGUCUCUCUCUGUCUCUCUGUCUCUGUGUCUCUCUCUGUCUCUGUGUCUCUCUCUGUCUCUCUGUCUCGCUGUCUCCACUGUCUGUGCGUUUGCUUUUCCUGAAAACGACGCGAUCAGAGGCGAUGACAAAGGAAUCAACUGGCGGCGGAGAGAAUGGGGACACCGCGGAGACAGCCGCGGGGACAGCCGGGGACACCGCGGGGACAGCCGCGGACACAGCGGAGACUCGCAGACACGGCGUGGGAGGAAACCGUAAACCCAUAACUCACCCCGUUGCUCGGGCUCCGAUGCCGACCAACUACGGCUUCUCGUUCUUCGACCCGGCCGACUUGGCUUGCCAGGCUGUCCUCACUGAUCCGUCCACCACUGUGGCUCAGCUGUUCGCUGUCGUGCGGCAGUGGGUACCUCAGGUGCAGCAGAGGGUGGAGCUCAUUGGAGAGCAGAUGCUGCUUCGAGACUUCAACGUCAACGACAGAGAUGGACUCACCGACAUGACGCUACUGCACUAUGCUUGCAAGGCCGGAGCACAGGGAGUUGGCUGCCCCGAGGCUGCAGGGCGCCUGGCCCAGCGUCUCCUCUCGCUCGGCGCUGACCCAUCAGUCCGCUGCCGCUGGACGGACAUGAACGCCCUCCACUACGCCGCUUACUUUGACAGCCCUGUGCUGGUGAGGGUGCUGGCACGUAGCGCCAACCCCCCAGAUUUGAACGCGCCGUGUGUGGACGUGGAUGGAGGCACGGCUCUCCACGUCGCGGCCUCCAAUCUCUGCGUGUCGGCCGUCAAAUCGCUGUUGGAGCACGGAGCAGACCCCUCGUGCAGGAAUUCCCGUGGCCAGGUGGCGGCUGAGGCGGUGCCGCCGCCCUCGGAGCUGCCGCUGGACCUGUCGGAGGGCACGGCGGCGUCGGGAGCCCUCCGCCGUCUGCUGCUGGAGGCCAUGCCGCUGGUGUGCCCGCUGCCCCGUGCCACCCUGCACAACCACGACAAUGUGCUGGGCUCGGCACUCAUGGGCACGCUCGGGCUGCAGCUGGGCCAGAUGGUGGCGCUGCCCGGUGGACUGCAGGGAUGGCUUCGCUUCCUGGGCCCCGCUGAGUUUGCCUCUGGCCAGUGGGUGGGGGUAGAGCUCCUCCAGCCGCUGGGGAAGAAUAACGGAACGGUGGGGGGGCACCACUACUUCUCCUGCCCCGCCAAGCACGGAGUGUUUGUUCCAGUCUCCCACGUCUCGAAGCUGCCCAGCGACGAGGGGGGGGAGGAGGAGGGGGAGGGGGGGGGCGUGGGGGCGGGGCCACGAGGAGGAGGAGGAGGCACGGGGGAUGGGGGAGGGGCCGGCCCCGCCCCCUGCCUGGAGCAGCCACGGGUGGCUGGGGGGGGACGGCCCCCCUCCAAGAGGGGGCGGGCACGAGAACGCCUACGUCAUGGCCUGAGACGCUGGGGCUCCGUCAGCUCAGCCGUGUCUCCGUGUCUCCGUGUGGGCUGCCGUGUCUCCGUGUCUCCCGGCAAGACGGGGACGGUCCGCUUCUACGGCAAGACCAGCCUGGCACCCGGCCGCUGGUGUGGAGUGGAGUUGGACCACCCCGUGGACGACUCCGCCGGGAACGACUCUGCCGGGAACGACUCCGCCGCUGGUGGUGGAGGCGCUGAGCAGCAGCAGCAGCACCUCCAUCACCACCACCACCACCAUCAUCAUCGCUACUUCAGCUGCUCACCAGGACGUGGAGUCUUUGUGCCAGCAUCUCGCGUACGCAGAUUGGACGACGCCGCUCCUCUCCGCAUCCCCAGCGUGGCGACAUCCAACUUGACAGGGCGUCCGUGUAUCAUACAUUUGGAUGGGAAAUCGCCUAAAGAACUCAUUUCGAAAAGCCCCAUGGGCAGACUGCUGUUCUGCUGCUGGUUUCCGUGGAUGGUCAAAGGAAAAGUGGAGACUUGAAAACAUUCCCAGAAGAUAAGAAUUCGACAUUCCCAGGAACACAUUCCCAGACAAUUCCUACACACACAAAAAAAAAUUCCCGGAAAAAAAG